AUGCGGCUGCUGCCUUUUGCCCCAGAUGGGCCCUGGCGGGUCAGUCCCCGUCGCCCACCUGCCUGCAGUAGCGGCAGCCCAGCUCUACUGGUGCUGCUGUUCCUGGGGUUCUCCCAAGUGGUGGCAGGCUCUCGGAGGCCCAAUGUGGUGCUGCUUCUCACAGAUGACCAGGAUGAAGUGCUCGGCGGCAUGACACCCCUUAAGAAAACCAAAGCCCUCAUCGGAGAAAUGGGGAUGACCUUCUCCAGUGCUUAUGUGCCAACUGCACUAUGCUGCCCCAGCCGAGCCAGUAUCCUGACGGGGAAGUAUCCACAUAAUCAUCACGUUGUUAACAACACGUUAGAGGGAAACUGCAGUAGUAGCUCUUGGCAGAAGAUCCAAGAACCAAAUACUUUUCCAGCAAUUCUCAGAUCAAUGUGUGGUUAUCAAACUUUUUUUGCAGGGAAAUACCUAAAUGAGUAUGGAGCCCCUGGUACAGGUGGCCUAGAGCACGUUCCUCCGGGCUGGACUUACUGGUAUGCAUUGGAAAAGAAUUCUAAAUACUACAAUUAUACCCUCUCUAUCAAUGGGAAAGCCCGGAAGCAUGGUGAAAACUACAGUGUGGACUAUCUGACAGAUGUUUUGGCUAACAUUUCCUUGGAUUUCCUGGACUACAAGUCUAACUCCGAGCCAUUCUUCAUGAUGAUCUCCACUCCAGCACCUCACUCGCCAUGGACAGCCGCACCCCAGUAUCAAAAGAGCUUCCAGAAUGUCUUUGCACCAAGAGACAAGAACUUCAACAUACAUGGAAUGAACAAGCACUGGUUAAUUAGGCAAGCCAAGACUCCAAUGAGCAAUUCUUCAAUACAGUUUUUAGAUAAUGCAUUUAGGAGAAGGUGGCAGACUCUACUCUCAGUUGAUGACCUUGUGGAGAAACUUAUAAAGAGAUUGGAGUUCCAUGGCGAGCUCGACAACACUUACAUUUUUUAUACAUCAGACAAUGGCUAUCACACAGGACAGUUUUCUUUGCCAAUAGACAAAAGACAGCUGUAUGAGUUUGACAUCAAAGUUCCACUGUUGGUUCGAGGUCCUGGGAUCAAACCAAAUCAGACAAGCAAGAUGCUUGUUGCCAACAUUGACUUGGGUCCUACUAUUUUGGACAUUGCUGGCUAUGAUGUGAAUAAGACACAGAUGGAUGGGAUGUCUUUCUUGCCCAUUUUGAGAGGGACUAGUAAUGUCACCUGGCGAUCAGAUAUCCUGGUGGAAUAUCAAGGAGAAGGCCAUAAUGUCUCUGACCCAACGUGUCCUUCUGUGGGUCCUGGAGUAUCCCAAUGUUUCCCAGACUGUGUAUGUGAAGAUGCUUAUAACAACACAUAUGCUUGUGUAAGGACGAUGUCAGCACUGUGGAAUUUGCAGUAUUGCGAGUUUGAUGAUCAGGAGGUGUUUGUGGAAGUCUAUAAUCUGACUGCAGACCCACACCAAAUCACUAAUAUUGCUAAAACUAUAGACCCAGAGCUCCUAGGAAAGAUGAACUAUCGGUUAAUGAUGUUACAGUCCUGUUCUGGACCAACUUGUCGCACUCCAGGGGUUUUUGACCCCGGGUAUAGAUUUGACCCUCGUCUCAUGUUCAGCAACCAUGGCAGUGUCAGGACGCGAAGGUUUUCCAAACAUAUUCUGUAAUGACGUGGCCCAGCCUCUGCAGUCGGAUCCCUGCACGCCUCUCUGAUGAAGUGAUUGUAGUAGGUGUCUGUAGCUAGUCUUCAAGACCACGCCUGGAAGAGUUUCUGGCUUUGUUUUAAGUCCUAUUUGAAAAGGCAGCUCAAUCAGCUGACUUCCUUGUACAAUGUGUUAAACUGUGAACUCUGCCCGUAUGUUGGGAGUGGCUUUCCCUGGUCCCUCCAUCCUGCUGUUAUGAACACUCCCAAGGUCUUUGUUCUCAGCAUACCUUUUCUGUCAUGGGGCCACCAUUCUUGAUUCUGCCCUGUGUUUCAAAGUCUGAAUUUGCAAA